UAUUAACAUGUUAUUUAGUUGUGUUUACCCGUUUGGACAGGAAAGACGUAUAGACCGGUUUUGAUUAUAAGUUCAGGGUCAAUUCGGUUGAUACUUUAAGAUUAAUUAUGUUGUGGUUAAUAUUGAUACUGGCAGUUUUUGUAAACGCCGACGACACAGAAAUAAGACAGGCUGAACAGAAAUUAGAGACAUUAUUUUCCGAAGAAGUUCCAAAAGGUGCAGAAAAUACGAAUUGCGGCGGAAUUGAGGGAGAACUUGAUGAUUCUUGUUACGAAUGUUAUAUGUGCGAAGAUAAAAAGCUUAAAUUAUACAAAACUGUUGCUAAACAAUUAACAUUGAAAAGUGUCGAUUGCAAAACUGUCACCACAGUGUGUUGUGUACCUCAACAGGACUUAGGAACAAGGUCAGGGGAUGGGACAUGUGGUAAGAAGAUAUUAGACCACGUAAUAUCUGUAAAGGGUAAGAGACAAAGCAAGUCUACGGUACGUUCAGUACUUUAUGGUGAGUAUCCAUGGAGGGCUUGGAUAUACAGAAAGGAACAAUAUGGCGACAGCAAAGUAUUAUGCGCGGGAACUUUAGUCGGUGACAGGAAUGAGGUUGUGAUGACGUCAGCGAGUUGCCUGCAGGGCUUGUCACCUGCUGACAUAUCUGUCAGCUUUAUCAAAGACAACAGUGACGUCAUUGACGUACGUUCCAUCAUCACCCACCCUUCUUAUAAACCAAGUGAGAAACAUGAACAUGACGUCGCUUUGGUUGUGCUAAGUCGGGCACAGCGUGCUCCAGGCUGGACUGCUCCGGUCUGUCUGCCAGCAUCACCACCAAUGCCAGCCACCACAUGUAUUACAAUAUCUGACAACAAUUCAUAUAUAUCAACCGUUGUGCCGUUACCUAAGAAAUGUGAGUCGUUCAACAUACGAUCCGCGUUAGGUCAGAUAUGCGCAGUUACACCUCUAGACGAUUACGUACCGGAAAAGGGGGCUGCUUUGCUUUGUCAAGACGAGCUUCGUCAGACCGAUGAGGUAUACUUCGCGGCAGGUAUAGCGUUGACAACAAGUGAAUCUGUGACCACGUACACCGCUGUACAUCAAUACUACGAUUGGAUUACUGACAGAGUGAACGAGAUAGCUUCUAAUUGAACUGUCAAGUAAAACCUAAUGAAGAUAGUACGAUAAAAUUUACUAAAAAGCAAAUUUGUAGUACAACUAAGGGACCAUACCCAUACUACUUGACUUUUUUAGUUUUUUCGACUCCUCCCUCCACUCGGUGACCACUCGUAGUUCAUCCCAAGACGCCCCCUUUUAGUUUUUACGUAGUAAUUCAUAAUUAUGAUUUUUUUUU